GACUUGAGGAAGUUUAAUUGAAUUUUUAAGAGAGUUAUGGAGGUAAUUGGGUUUUCAGGAGUGUUUUGGAAAAAGAAGGUUGUUUUAAGUGAAUAGAGGGUGAUAUUUAGGUUUGUAGUAAGAUUUUGUGUUUUAUUUGGUAUUGUAGGUUUUUGAGAGACUUUAUUGAAAUAGUUUUUUAGUUUUUCUUUUUGUGGGGAUUAUUUAACAUAUUUAGAUCUGAAGAGAAAUAGUGACUGAAGUUGAACAAGAAAAUGAAACCCCCAAUGUAGUAAAAGACAUUGAAAUUCUUCCUUGUGAGCAAUCAACAAUGCUCACACAGGCAGACACUAAAAUAACCCCACCAACUAAGCAUCUCAAGAAAGGAUCCGAAGUGUUAACAGAAUCCCCAGCACCAACAAAGAAGGCAAUCCAUAAAUCAACCCCUCUCGACUUAUCCAAAUCCUUUAUGGAAGAAUACGCAUAUAUCGAGAGUUUCCUGCUCGAAGGGACAAUUUUCUGGUCUCUUAAGGCUCACAACCAGUCAGGGAAGGUCAAAUUUCUUCCUCUCAAUCAAAUCCCUGCAUGCGAUAAAUUCCACUUAAACGAGAGAAAUCAAUAA